GAGGAGGAGGCCGGGCUCGGGAGGCGGCAUGAGCCGAGCGCGGCGGCCGCGGCUGCUCUCGGCCGCGCUCGUUGCCCAUUGACAGCGGCGUCUGCAGCUCGCUUCAAGAUGGCCGCUUGGCUCGCAUUCAUUUUCUGCUGAACGACUUUUAACUUUCAUUGUCUUUUCCGCCCGCUUCGACCGCCUCUCGCCGGCUGCUUUUUCCGGCGAACCAGGUUCAAGUUGCUCGAACCGUCUAAAAUAACCAGAACCUCGGGAUUUUCGUUUGGACGCUGUGAGGAAGUUGUGCUAUAAAUUCGGAGACCUGGAACAAGCCCCAGUGGUUGGAUCUUGCAUCGAGCAGAAAUGCAUCGAACAACCAGAAUCAAGAUCACUGAGCUAAAUCCCCACCUAAUGUGUGUGCUUUGUGGAGGAUACUUCAUUGAUGCCACCACCAUAAUAGAAUGUCUACAUUCCUUCUGUAAAACAUGUAUUGUGCGUUACCUGGAGACCAGCAAGUAUUGUCCUAUCUGUGAUGUUCAAGUUCACAAAACCAGACCACUACUGAAUAUAAGGUCAGAUAAAACUCUUCAAGAUAUCGUAUACAAAUUAGUUCCAGGGCUUUUCAAAAAUGAAAUGAAGAGAAGAAGGGAUUUUUAUGCAGCUCAUCCUUCAGCUGAUGCUGCCAAUGGCUCUAAUGAAGAUAGAGGAGAAGUUGCAGAUGAAGAUAAGAGAAUUAUAACUGAUGAUGAAAUAAUAAGUUUAUCCAUUGAAUUCUUUGACCAGAACAGAUUGGAUCGGAAAGUAAGCAAAGACAAAGAGAAAUCUAAGGAGGAGGUGAAUGAUAAAAGAUAUUUACGAUGCCCAGCAGCGAUGACUGUGAUGCACUUAAGAAAGUUUCUCAGAAGUAAAAUGGACAUACCUAACACUUUCCAGAUUGAUGUCAUGUAUGAAGAGGAGCCCUUGAAGGAUUACUAUACACUAAUGGAUAUUGCCUACAUUUAUACCUGGAGAAGGAAUGGUCCACUUCCUUUGAAAUACAGAGUUCGACCUACUUGUAAGAGGAUGAAGAUCAGUCAUCAGAGAGAUGGACUGACAAAUGCUGGAGAACUGGAAAGUGACUCUGGGAGUGACAAGGCCAACAGCCCAGCAGGAGGUAUUCCCUCCACCUCUUCUUGUUUGCCUAGCCCCACUACUCCAGUGCAGUCUCCUCAUCCACAGUUUCCUCACAUUUCUAGUACUAUGAAUGGAACCAGCAACAGCCCCAGCGGUAACCACCAAUCUUCCUUUGCCAAUAGACCUCGAAAAUCAUCAGUAAAUGGGUCAUCAGCAACUUCAUCUGGUUGAUACCUGAGACUGUUAAGGAAAAAAAUUUUAAGCCCUGAUUUAUAUAGAUCUCUUCAUGCCAUUACAGCUUUAUAGAUGCUAAUACAUGUGACUAUAUCGUCCAAGUUGCUUUCUUUUGUAGUAACAUUAAAUUUGGCUAUAAAAGAUGGACUAGAUGUGCUAUUCAUAUGGACGUUAAUUGAAAAGAAAGAUUGUUAUUAUAAAAAAUUGGUUUCUGGGAAGGCAGGCAAGUUUUUUUUCUAUGUGUUAGGAAAGAUGUGAAAUGGUUUCUGUAACCAUUGUUUGGACUUGGAAAUACCCUGCAGUGGAUGUAAGCAUUGGGCCAUAGUUUGUUAAUCUCAACUAACGCCUACAUUACAUUCUCCUUGAUUGUUCUUGUUAUUAUGCUGUUUUGUGAAUCUGUAGAAAACAAGUGCUUUUUACCUUGAAAUUCAACAAAUGGAAAGAAUACGCAUAGAAUAAUGCAUUCUAUGUAGCCAUGUCACUGUGAAUAACGAUUUCUUGCAUAUUUAGCCAUUUUGAUUCCUGGUUGAUUUUUACUUCUCUGUUGCUACGCAAAACCGAUCAAAGAAAAGUAAACUUCAGUUUUACACUCUGUAUGCCUAAAAGCGGGUACUACCGUUUAUUUUACUGACUUGUUUAAAUGAUUCGCUUUUGUAAGAAUCAAAUGGCAUUAUGCUUGUUGUACAAUGCCAUAUUGGUAUAUGACAUAACAGGAGACAGUAUUGUAUGAUAUAUUUAUAAAUACUAUAAAGAAAAUAUUGUGUUUCAUGCAUUCAGAAGUGGUUGUUAAAAUUCUCCCAACUGGUUCGACCUUUGCAGAUACCCAUACUCUAUGUUGAGUCUUCUUUACUAACAUAGAAUGUUUUUAAUGUGGAUAUCAGAGUCUAAAUUCUGCAUUGCAAGCAGCUGCAAAUCAUAAUGCUGACUUCUCCAAUAAUACAUGCUUACUUUUAAAAUUGUUGCAGUACAGAAAAAACUUUUAAGGCAUACGGAAAUAGUGUCCUCAUUUUCCAUUGGUUAUGAUGGGACUAAUGUUUUUUAAAUGCAUCCUUAUCACUAAUUUCCGGAACAAAUUUUUAAAUAAACCAGCAAAUUACCAAAAGAAGACAUUUUAUCUAAAAUUAUUUUAAUAAGUGAUACAGCAGUAAUUUCAAAUUUAAGAGUUGCGUUAGCAGUUAACAGUGGAAUAUAUCUUCUCUGUAAUGUCUGGAAAUAGAAGCAGUUUAUUAGCUUCUACAGGUAUUUUUAAAUAGAGCAAGCAUGUCGAAUUUAAAAUAUGGAUAACCCCAACAAAUUUCAGUUUGUGUUUUGCUUUGGUCGAACUUGGUGUGUGUUCCACUCAUCAGUUAUUUGUGAGGGUGUUUAUUCUAUAUGAAUAUUGUUUCAUGUUUGUAUGGGAAAAUUGUAGCUAAACAUUUCAUUGUCCCCAGUCUGCAAAAGAAGCACAAUUUAUUGCUUUGUCUUGCUUAUAGUCAUUAAAUCAUUACUUUUACAUAUAUUGCUGUUACUUCUGCUUUCUUUAAAGAUACAGUAAUGAUGUUUUAUGAAGCCACAAAUACAUAUAUUUUUAUUUUGAUCUAAAUUUGUACAGUUCCAUUGUAAGUGUUGUUUCUAAUUAUAGAUGUAAAAUGAAAUUUCAUUUGUAAUUGGAAAAAAAUCCAAUAAAAAGGAUAUUCAUUUAGAAAAUAGCUAAGAUCUUUAAUAAAAAAAAAUUUGAUAUGAAAAGCACAAUGUGCAGAAGUUUUGGAAACCCUGUAGUGGAUUACAACAGGUCAAAGCUAAAGAAUACAUUGCUGUCUUAAAGUGAUGUUGCUAAAAAGUACAUGCUUUGUUGUAUAUUGCUUGAAAGCUCAUUGAAAGAUGUAUCUGUUUAUUUACUCUACAAUCUUUGAAGUAAAAGUUACCAAUGUUUGCCAAUUUGGGUGAAUUUAA